CGUGACCGUUAAUAUCGACGGCUGUAGACGGUAGAGUAAAAGAAAGAAAACACAAUAUUAACCAAAAACUAGGGUUUUAGAAAACAGAAGAGUUGCAGAAACUCGAGAAACUCAAAGAUGGCGAAAUUCAACGAGGUACAGAAGAAGAGAAGAGCGUUAGUCUCAGAGAGAAAGCGAGCUGUUCAUGGAGAUCCACAUUCAAAGAAGCUCAAGCGCCAAACGCAGAAUCAGUCUGUCUCCGGCAAGCGCAAACGCAAGCUCCUUAAAAAAUGGCGUCGGGGUCAAAAAGAGGCUAUAGAAAAAGGUCUUAUUACUAUGGAUGAUGUUGAAAUGGCUCCUGCUGAUGGUGAAGGUCCCUCAGAAUCCAAGAAAUCCCCUGCCCAGUUUCACUUGAAGAAGAAUGUAAAGCUUAAAGCCAAAAAACAAAAACACAAAGGUAAGGGCGGAGGAAAACCUUCUGAUCCUGCUGUUAAAGCUGCUCCUGUUGAUGCCAUGAUGGAAUAACUAUGGAAGUUUCAGAAACAAUGUUGCGCAGCAUCUUUGAUCAUUCUGGAUGGUCUUACAAAUUUUGUUUAGAUAGAAAUCUACGGGAUCACUCUUUAAAUUUAGUCGUUCUGUUUGUAAGCUUUCAGAUUAGGAGAACAUCUUGGCUAGAAAAUUUUGAUUGGCAAAUUAAUCAAUCUUUUAAUGUACAAAAAGGUGCCCCUGUUUUGGUUCAAAUUUUCUUAUAGCUUUUCACUCGUUGGUGUACAAAACAAACUCCUAUGUUAACCAUGGUGAAAAGAAAAUUGCUUAAAUA